AUGGCUUGGCAAGAGACGGCAAAAGCAAAACGCGAAUCGUUGCUGCAAGCCAUCCCCGCCCAAUGGCGCUUGACAUCAUCGCAGAUCCCGCCCUGCAAUCGACUACCCGACGUUACCGGCUUCAUCCGUCAGCACCUUGACCCGGCCGAGCUGGUUAUUACAGACUCGUCUGCAGACAUCCUUCUCCAAAGGAUUCGGGCCGGUGACUGGUCGGCUACCGAGGUCACCCGGGCUUUUUGUCAUCGCGCAUCACUCGCGCAUCAAUUGACAAGCUGUCUCUCCGAAAUAUUUUUUGAAGCUGCCUUGAAGAGGGCGGGAGAGAUCGACGACCACUACCAACGCACCGGACAAACGAUUGGGCCUCUUCAUGGACUACCCGUCAGCUUCAAGGACCGCAUUGACAUCGCAGGACUUGACAGCGCUUGCGGCUACAUCAGCUGGAUCGGAUGCAAAAAGACGGCGGAAGAUGAAGGCACUCUCGUCCGCAAGCUGCGCGCUGCCGGGGCCGUAUUCUUCGUCAAGACGAGCGUUCCGAUGAGCAUGCUGAUGGGCGAGACGAGCAACAACAUCACGGGCUCAACCUGCAAUCCUUACAACAGAAUGCUAUCGGCUGGAGGUGCUUCCGGGGGCGAGGGUGCAUUGCUUGCCCUCAGAGGCAGCCCGCUCGGAUGGGGCUCUGACAUCGCGGGUUCGGUUCGGAUACCGUGCGCCUUCAACAACCUCUACGGACUGCGUCCCUCGUGUGCUCAGAGCGUCAUCGGUCCAAUGGCUACCACGCUGGAUGUUCUGACCUCGGUGACCAAGUGGAUCAUCAAUGAAAACUGCUGUCAGGACGACUUCGACGUGAUGGAUAUGCCGUGGAACGAGGAAAGGUUCCAGAGUACGCGGAUGAGGAUGUGUCGGCCGGGCGAGACGGAUGGCAAGUUGGUCAUUGAAUGGCAACCUCCAGCACACGGUCCCGCAGCCGUGAACCUGUUCCAAAUAUUUGGCUCUACCGCAGGCGAGGAGGUCCGAAAGGCUCUCAAAUCGAGCGGAGAACCUCCAGUCCAUCAACUGCGCGAGUGGUACGAACAACAGCAGAGCGAGCCGUCGUCCAGUCCCGAGUUCUGGAGACUUUGCGCACUCCGGGACGAGUACCGCGCACAGUACCAUGCUUACUGGCAAUCCACACGUGGCAAUACAGUAUCGAAGAAAGUUGUGGACGGCGUGAUACUUCCCAUCGCUCCCAGCGCAGCAGUUCAAGAAGGCUUUUUCCAUCACUUUGCGUACACGGCGAUUGCCAGCUUCCUCGACUACACUGCCGGCUGUGUACCCGUAACUUUUGCAGACAGAGCCCUGGAUCCCGAGGAAACCAGGUACAAGCCGGUGAACCAACAAGAUCGCCAGCAUUGGCGCACAUAUCAAAAGGAGCUCUUCGACGGUGCGCCUGUAGGAGUGCAGGUCAUGGGCCGCAGGCUGCAGGAGGAGAAGGUUCUGGCAAUGAUGGCUGCCGUCUCGGAUGCGCUGGCGCAGUAUGAUCCGGACGCGCAAAGAUGA